CACAGGUCGAAUACUAGUACAGUUCAUCUCUGUCCCCAUCUCCCCAAACCAAAUCUGAAAAACAAACAAAUUGUCGUCGGUCGUCCUCAAAACUCACCGGCGCACGCGCACCCUCAUACGCUAUGCCCUUCAAAUUUAUGCUCACGUUUUGAGACCGUGUGGGAGAUAAGCAAUUCCGCUCUGUGGAUUUGCUUUUGUACGGAAAUUGAGAAUAUUUAUGCGGUUUUGUUUUAUUUCUCCGUUUGAUGAGUUUUACGUUGAUUCAGAUCCGAUGAUAUUUUCAAAUGCGGCCCAGAUCCUUAAUUCCUUGAAUUCUCAACAACCCAUUCAAGCAAUUUGUUUAUAGAUUAUAGAAUUUUAAUCAGUCUCUCAAUCUGUGAGUUUCGAGUUUACGAUUUUCGACUCAGAAAAGAUGUCUGCAAUGAAAUCUUCUGGCCGGUUGUUCACAAUCGGGCUGGUAACCGCGUGGUAUUCGUCCAACAUUGGGGUUUUGCUGCUGAACAAGUAUCUGUUGAGCAAUUACGGUUUCAAGUACCCGAUUUUCCUAACAAUGUGCCACAUGACGGCGUGCUCGCUGCUGAGCUACGUUGCUAUAGCGUGGAUGAAGAUGGUCCCGAUGCAGACGAUACGAUCUAGGGUUCAGUUCAUGAAGAUCUCGGCCCUCAGCUUGAUUUUCUGCGCCUCGGUUGUUAGCGGCAAUAUUUCUCUCAAGUACUUGCCAGUUAGCUUCAAUCAGGCGAUCGGUGCCACCACGCCGUUUUUCACGGCUGUUUUUGCAUACUUGAUGACUUUGAAAAGGGAAGCCUGGUUGACAUACCUGACUUUGGUUCCGGUGGUUACAGGGGUCAUCAUUGCUAGUGGGGGUGAACCAAGUUUCCAUUUGUUUGGAUUUAUCAUGUGUGUUGGAGCAACUGCUGCAAGAGCACUAAAAUCGGUGGUUCAGGGGAUUUUACUUUCUUCUGAGGGGGAAAAGCUGAAUUCGAUGAACUUGCUCCUGUACAUGGCUCCUAUAGCUGUUGUAUUACUACUUCCUGCAACCAUUUACAUGGAGGAAAAUGUUGUUGGUAUAACAUUGGCAUUGGCAAGAGAUGAUAGCAGAAUUAUUUGGUUAUUGUUGUUCAACUCUGCACUUGCAUACUUUGUAAACUUGACCAAUUUUUUGGUCACCAAACACACCAGUGCUCUAACUCUUCAGGUGCUUGGAAAUGCGAAAGGAGCAGUAGCAGUGGUAAUCUCCAUAUUGAUUUUCAGGAAUCCCGUCUCUGUUACUGGAAUGCUCGGGUAUACCCUCACCGUUUUUGGUGUUAUCCUCUAUAGUGAAGCCAAAAAACGUAGUAAAUGAAAGUUCCGAUAUUCGUCUACAACAGAUUAUGAAGAAUAUGUGAAAGCCCGAUUAAUAAUUUUUGCCCUAGUUUUCUUCGGAAUCAGAAAAUGGUCUCCAGCAUGUAACAGCAGAGAAAACCUGAUGAGUAGAGUAGAAAAUUAAAUAAGGUCUUGAAAAAAAUCUUAAGUUCUUCCCAAUUGUGGGUACUCAAAAGAAAUAUCCCUUUUUACUUACCAUAUAUAUUUUUUCAUAAGAGGAUUUUGAUCACAGAUGUGAUUAUCAUGUUUUAUAUUGAUCACAGAUACACAAAGCACAAAAUUUGUCAGUUACAGUUCUUAAUCAUCGUUAGUUGAGACGUGUUCUGUUAUCUUCUUUACUCUGGUUUAUUCAUUGGCGUCUGAUCAAAUUUACCAUGUGUUUGUCUUUACUGAACGAUAUUAUGACAUUAGAAUAAGGACAAGUUUGAGUUCCGUUCGAUUUAAAGUUCCAGGUGAGAUUCUAUUGGUGUGCUGCAGUACAUGGUUCGAUAUAUUUAAUAUGAAAGAUUUCAAAUUUGUUGAGCUUGCUUGAAUGUUUUUUGUAGUGUAACAUUCGAGUUGUGAUGCUAAAGCUGAAU